GACGCGCUCCGGGCGCGCGCGCGGGGCAGCCGGCGCCCCAACUCCGCCCGCCCCGCGCCCCGGCGCCUCGCCGCCCGCCGCCCGCCCGCCCCGGCGCCGCCGCCCGCGCCCCGGCGCCCCGGGCCGGCGAGGGGCGCGCCCGCGGCCGCGGCCGCUGCAUGGCGCUGAGAUGGCGGGGGCGCCGCGCGGCGGAGGCGGCGGCGGAGGCGGCGCGGGCGAGCCCGGGGGCGCCGAGCGGGCGGCCGGGCCAAGCCGCCGGCGCGGGCUCCGGGCGUGCAACGAGGAGUUCGCUUGCCCAGAGCUGGAGGCGCUGUUCCGCGGCUACACGCUGCGGCUGGAGCAGGCGGCCACGCUGAAGGCGCUGGCCGUUCUCAGCCUGCUGGCGGGCGCGCUGGCGCUGGCCGAGCUGCUGGGCGCGCCGGGGCCCGCACCCGGCCUGGCCAAGGGCUCGCACCCGGUGCACUGCGUCCUCUUCCUGGCGCUGCUCGUGGUAACCAACGUCCGGUCCCUGCAGGUGCCCCAGCUGCAGCAGGUCGGCCAGCUGGCGCUGCUCUUCAGCCUCACCUUCGCGCUGCUCUGCUGUCCUUUCGCGCUGGGCGGCCCCGCCCGGGGUUCCGCCGGGGCCGCUGGGGGGCCAGCGACCGCCGAACAAGGGGUUUGGCAGCUCCUUUUGGUCACCUUCGUGUCCUAUGCCUUGCUGCCCGUGCGCAGCCUGCUGGCCAUCGGCUUUGGGCUCGUGGUGGCUGCGUCGCACUUGCUGGUCACAGCCACCUUGGUCCCCGCCAAGCGCCCACGUCUCUGGAGGACGCUCGGUGCCAAUGCCUUGCUCUUCGUCGGUGUGAACAUGUAUGGGGUCUUUGUGCGGAUUCUGACUGAGCGUUCGCAGAGGAAGGCGUUCCUGCAGGCCCGGAGCUGCAUUGAGGACCGACUGAGGCUGGAGGAUGAGAACGAGAAGCAGGAGCGGCUCCUCAUGAGCCUCCUGCCCCGGAACGUUGCCAUGGAGAUGAAGGAGGACUUCCUGAAGCCCCCUGAGAGGAUUUUCCACAAGAUUUACAUCCAGAGGCACGACAAUGUGAGCAUCCUGUUUGCUGACAUCGUGGGUUUCACGGGCUUGGCAUCCCAGUGCACAGCCCAGGAGCUGGUGAAACUCCUCAAUGAGCUCUUCGGCAAGUUCGAUGAAUUAGCCACGGAGAACCACUGUCGCCGCAUCAAGAUUCUCGGGGACUGCUACUACUGUGUGUCGGGCCUCACCCAGCCCAAGACUGACCAUGCCCACUGCUGUGUGGAGAUGGGACUCGACAUGAUUGAUACCAUCACAUCUGUGGCUGAAGCCACCGAGGUGGAUCUGAACAUGCGUGUGGGUCUGCACACGGGCAGGGUCCUCUGUGGUGUCCUGGGCUUGCGCAAGUGGCAGUACGACGUGUGGUCCAAUGAUGUGACCUUGGCCAAUGUCAUGGAAGCCGCUGGCCUGCCAGGGAAGGUUCAUAUCACAAAGACGACCCUAGCGUGCUUGAAUGGGGACUACGAGGUAGAACCAGGUUACGGACAUGAGAGGAACAGUUUCUUGAAAACUCAUAACAUCGAAACCUUUUUUAUUGUGCCAUCCCAUCGCCGAAAGAUAUUUCCAGGCCUGAUUCUCUCAGAUAUAAAACCGGCCAAAAGGAUGAAGUUCAAGACUGUCUGCUACCUGCUGGUGCAGCUCAUGCACUGCCGGAAAAUGUUCAAGGCCGAGAUCCCCUUCUCCAAUGUCAUGACCUGCGAGGACGAUGACAAGCGGAGGGCAUUAAGAACAGCCUCGGAAAAACUCAGAAACCGCUCAUCUUUUUCUACCAACGUUGUCUACACCACCCCGGGCACUCGCGUCAACAGGUACAUCAGCCGCCUCUUAGAAGCCCGCCAGACAGAGCUGGAGAUGGCAGACCUGAACUUCUUUACCCUGAAGUACAAACAUGUCGAACGGGAGCAAAAGUACCACCAGCUUCAGGACGAAUAUUUCACCAGCGCCGUUGUCCUCACCCUCAUCCUGGCUGCCUUAUUUGGCCUUGUCUACCUUCUAAUAUUCCCACAGAGUGUGGUCGUCCUGCUCCUGCUAGUAUUCUGCAUCUGCUUCCUGGUGGCCUGUGUCCUGUACCUGCACAUCACCCGGGUCCAGUGUUUUCCAGGGUGCCUGACGAUUCAGAUUCGCACUGUCCUGUGUAUUUUCAUAGUGGUCUUAAUCUACUCAGUAGCCCAAGGUUGUGUGGUGGGCUGCCUGCCUUGGGCCUGGAGCUCCAAGCCCAACAGUUCCCUGGUGGUCCUUUCGUCUGGGGGCCAGCGCACAGCCCUGCCCACCCUGCCCUGCGAGUCUACACACCAUGCCCUGCUCUGCUGCCUGGUGGGCACCCUCCCGCUAGCCAUAUUUUUCCGGGUGUCCUCCUUGCCAAAAAUGAUCCUGCUCUCCGGGCUCACCACGUCCUACAUCCUCGUUCUGGAGCUCAGCGGAUACACCAGGACUGGGGGUGGUGCCGUCUCCGGGCGCAGCUACGAGCCAAUUGUGGCCAUCCUGCUCUUCUCCUGUGCGCUGGCCCUGCAUGCCAGGCAGGUGGACAUCAGGCUGAGGCUGGACUACCUCUGGGCCGCACAGGCAGAGGAGGAGCGAGAGGACAUGGAGAAGGUGAAGCUGGACAACAGGCGCAUCCUCUUCAACCUCCUGCCGGCCCACGUCGCCCAGCACUUCCUCAUGUCCAACCCUCGGAACAUGGACCUCUACUACCAGUCCUACUCCCAGGUGGGCGUCAUGUUUGCCUCCAUCCCCAACUUCAAUGACUUCUACAUCGAGCUGGACGGUAACAACAUGGGGGUGGAGUGUCUGCGGCUUCUCAACGAGAUCAUCGCCGACUUUGACGAGCUCAUGGAAAAAGACUUUUACAAGGACAUAGAGAAGAUCAAGACCAUCGGGAGCACCUACAUGGCCGCUGUGGGGCUAGCGCCCACCUCGGGGACCAAGGCUAAGAAGUCCAUCUCCUCCCACCUGAGCACGCUGGCGGACUUUGCCAUUGAGAUGUUUGACGUUCUGGAUGAAAUCAACUACCAGUCUUACAACGACUUCGUCCUCCGAGUUGGCAUCAAUGUUGGCCCUGUGGUGGCUGGAGUGAUUGGCGCUCGCAGGCCCCAGUACGACAUCUGGGGAAACACAGUCAACGUGGCCAGUCGGAUGGAUAGCACAGGGGUCCAGGGCAGAAUCCAGGUGACUGAGGAAGUCCACCGGCUGCUGAGAAGGUGCCCCUACCACUUUGUGUGCCGAGGCAAAGUCAGUGUCAAGGGCAAAGGCGAGAUGUUGACAUACUUUCUAGAAGGCAGGACUGAUGGAAACGGCUCCCAAAUCAGGUCCCUGGGCUUGGAUCGGAAAAUGUGUCCAUUUGGGAGAGCUGGCCUUCAGGGCAGACGUCCCCCGGUGUGCCCCAUGCCUGGCGUCUCAGUCAGGGCUGGGCUCCCUCCACACUCCCCAGGCCAGUACCUGCCCUCUGCAGCAGCUGGGAAGGAGGCUUAGUGGAGCCCACGUGGGCCUCUGGGGUGCACAUGGGGUGGGAAUGCUCCGGGGGUGACACAGGCCACGGUGGCUCCAGCCAGGACCAGCCAGACCAGCAGAGCAGGGAGCCACUUGCCAGGGUGGAGGAGGAGCAUUGUCCAGGCGUGGCCUGUGGCCCGAGGGCCAACCACCAAGCAGACACAGCACAGCAGUGACUCGGUGAGGGGAGGACACCCGACUGUGCACACUUCCAGGCCUCCCUGGAGAGGUGUCCACUCCAUCCUUCCCUCCGUGGCGUAGGGAGCACUGUUUCUUUCCAGCAAGCCUGUUCAGGUUUGGCCAGGUCGGCGUCAAUGUAAGGACCUUCAGAGCAUCCACCAGGGUUACAGCAAGAGCCACUGAGGUGUGGCUGGCAGAGCGACUGAGGAGCUCUGCGAGAGUGUGCCCUCUGAGACAGCCCUGUCCGCCCCGCCCAGGUGGGACCUGACAUACAGCCGGCUCCAGCCCUGGGCAGCGGCUUCAAGAGCCAGAGUGGGAAGUCAGGCCUCUCUGGGAAGGUCACAAGGCCUGGGGUUGUUCACACCACAGGCACAAUACAGAGCUGUCCACUCUUGAACUGGACGGUCUGGGGAGAAUUGAGAAGCUGCCUCUCACUGCAUGGAUAGUGGUGGCUGCUGGCUUUCAAGCGUGGUUUUUUGCUAAGAGCCAGAGGCAGGUCUUCUGGAGUUCUCAGGGGGGCCCUGUGACCCCCUCUCCACCAUGGCCAGCAUCGGCUUCUUGCUGCACCUGUGCAUUCUCCACCCCUCCGCCAAUGGCUUCCAGCUCCUAAAACACCUGGACAUUCCCCAUCCUGCACCGGCACUGUGUUUGUUCAGAGAAAACGAAGGGUGUCAUUUCUUCUUUUCCCUGUGGCAUCUUGGAUCCUUUACAUUUAGCAACAACAGUGUGAGGCUCCACUUCUGUUGAAUACGAGCGGCUGUCACACCCAUGAGCAAGUUUCCUUGAUGGAAGAUGGUGUUUCUCCAGCAGAACCAACCCUCCAGGACGAAGUUUCAGAAUUGGCUGAUGGUCGUGAGUGCAGGUGUCCCUGUUGUAAUUUGCAGGGAAAUUGACUGCAGGUGAUAGUGUUGAUGUCUGACGUCUGACAACCUCCUAUGUGCAUGUCUAAAUAGUCACAAUGAAGAUGAAAAUAAGGAUGAGGGGGACGGGGUCCAGGAGGGCCACUGGGAAGGCACUAUCCAGAAAUAGUGGACGGAGGUCUGGCAUGUGGAAACCUUGGAUCUCGGUCACAGGGAGGAAGGCAGCUAGAAAUGGGAGGGAAGCUUCUGGGUAGGCACCAUAGUAGGGGAAUGUCUAAAGACCCACUGCUCUGAGAUGUGGUCAGAGAGGUUUCUGUGGACUACAGAUGAGGCCUGAGCCCUGCCUAUGCUCAAAGCCAGCAGGGUUGGGGGUCCGCCUCCUCACUGCUCCUCAACAGCUGUAACCCUUUCCUGAGGGCCCCGACUUUUCAGAAUAGGAGCAGAGAGAAGCCCAGACUUCCUUCCCUGGAGUGUAGACCUGUGUGUGGGACCUGCUCCAGUCUGAUCCCUGUCCGCACAGGUGGGUGAUGUCCUUGGCUGCUGCCAUCAGAGGCAGGCCCCUGCACAGGGAGGGGCUGACCCUGCCUCAGCUGUGUGGCCAUGUGGGGGCAGUAGGGGCCUGGGCCAUAGCUGGGGGAGGCCAGACCCUGAGGGCUUUGCAGGGCAGCCAGUGCAGUGAUGCCUGGCGCUUCCAGCUGAGACAGGAGUCCAGACAGAGGUGGGCAGGGUGGAUGGCUUCGGGCAGGGAAGGCGGGUAGAGGCUGCAUGUGGGGGCCCCUGUCUGCCUGUCCUUAGGGUGUGGAUUAGGCUGUGGCUUCUGUGAUGGUGCAAGAGGCAGGAUGGUCUCCAGACACCUUCUUGCAGAGUGAUUUUGACCAAUGCCUUUCCAGCACCUUCCCCUGGUUAUGACAGGGAGCUCCCAGGCCAGGCCACAUGACCCCACAGGUAGGCUGACCCCAUGGACCCACUGGAGACUUUGAGGGCAGAGCUCGGGCACCUUUCAUCUUCCUUGGGUGGUCCUCAUGUCGCUGUCCGCUCAUGUUCCUGGUGUUCUGGCAUCACCUUGUGCCGGUGGGGGCUGGGCUCCCGUGAGGUCCUAGGGCAGAAGGAGGUGCUUGCAGGGCCUCUCGCUGCUACUGGGACAUCCACAGGACCUAAUGUUUAUGUGGAAUCUCCAGGCUGCCAUCGAGGGCUCCUGAGCUCAUCCUGAGGACCCAGGGUCCGUCUGAGCCGGCUGUGGGCUGAGAUCCUGGCUGGGGCCCUGCUGUCAACCUCUCCUCCAGGCCCUGCCUUGUCCCUGCUCCUGUGCUUUCCUCUCUUCAGGACAAAUGGUUUGUCCUUAUGGUCCCCUUUCCACUAGGAUUUUCUCAUCCUCAUCUGUCUAUCCCAGCCGGAUUUGAAGCAGUCACUUCAGACAGGAGCCACAGGGAGCCUGUGAGGGAGUAGUGCGGUGGUGGUGAGUGUGGCUGCCCUGGCUCCCCCAGCUCACCGUGGUGCUGUCCUUGACCCACAAGCUGUUGAGAAGGGUGCAGAGCCCCUGGCACAGCCAACCCUGUUGCCCCCAGUGCCGCUGCCCACCUUCGGCCAUCCAGGUGGUGGGUAGACAGAGAAGUGAACCCCAAAGGUGUCCAUGCCCCAGUUCUAAGCCCUGUGGCCAGGUGCUGUCACACAGCAAAGGGGACUUUGCAGGUGGAAUUAGGGUUAGGGAUCUAAGGAUGGGAGGGGAACUUGGUUUAUCUGGGUGGGCUCAGUGACCCCUUGGAAUGGCUGAGGGAGGCAGGAGAGCCUGGAAAGAUUCGAAGUGUCACAGAGAUGGUGCCGUCAUUGCUGGCUUAAAGACAAGGGGCCAGGAGCCAACACCAGAGGCCACUCCAUAACCCCAGCGCCAGUCAGCAAGGAAGCCAGGUGUCGCUCACACAACCAGAAGGAGCUGAGUUUGGCAACAACCCAAGUGAGCCUGAAGCAGAUUCGCCCCAGAGCCUCCAGGCGUGAGUGGAGCCCAGUCCAGCGACACCUUGGUUUGGCCUGUGAGACUGAGAAGAGAGCCAGCCACGCCGUGCUGUGCCUGGGGUCCACAGAGCCGGGAGGUCACACAUGUACGUCCUGGAAGCUGCCCAAGGUGUGGCCACUUGUAGGGCAGUGAGAGGAAGCCGUCGCGGGGACCAUGCUGCCUUCUCUGGGCUCACGACUGUUCUGGAAAGGACCCCAUGGCAGACUUGGCAAGGUCUCCACUUCAGGGGCAAACAUCUCCAUCAUCAGCAACUCCAAACCCCAGCCACUUCCUGGGAAUUCAGGAACUGUGUUUAGCCAUAAUGUUCCUUGGGGUUUGGUGAAAAACAACUUCCUUUUUAUUUGUGGGAAAACUGUAUUAUAUUGCCUUAUUUAUUUUUAAUCAUGUACAAUAUUCAUGUACAAAUGUUAGAGCCAUUCGGGUAGGAUUCUCUCUAAAUUAUUUAUUGAAGAGGCUUUGUAAAUAGUGCA